AUGGGAGUCAUAACUACCACAACAACAAUUCUUGAAGAAAAACAAGAUCGUAAUAGCAGUUCUCGCUCUACUAGCGUAUCCCAUAUCAAGUGUGCAAUCUACAACAUCUACAUCCACUCUCUCUCGAAAUUUCCAGGUCCUAAGCUAUGGACCGCUUCGCGACUCCCAUUCAUAUACUAUCUUCUCACCGGACAACUCGUAAAGAAAGUAAAAGAAUUCCACGACAUCUACGGAGAAUUCUACCGUCUGGCACCAGAUGGAGUAUCAUUUGCUAGCGAGCAAGCUUGGAAUGAUAUAUACACUUUUCGUCGCGGACACAAGCGUGCUUUGAGAGAUAAGGUUUGGUAUAUUGCACCGAAUAAUCAAGCCGAUAACCUCAUUACAACGACCGACUUUGAGUUCCACGCUCGUGCUCGAGGAUUGAUGAGUAAUUCUCUCAUGGAUGAAGCGCUCCGCACACAGUAUCCAUUAAUCGAAUCUCAUGCUGACAUGCUGAUAUCCAAGGUCAGAGGAGCUGCCGAGAAGCCUGAUAACUUGAUCGAAGGGGAACAGAGACAACAUAGCGCGUAUGCGGAAAAGACGAUCAAUCGUCGCUUAGAUGCGAAAAGUGAUCGUCCGGACUUCAUGACCCCUUUCAUGAGAAACAAUUCAAUUUUGAAAAUAUGUCCCGGGAGGAACCGGGAGGGAAUCGUAUCGACGUUUAAUUUCAUUGUCGUGGGUGGUUCGGAAACUUCAGCAAGGGUGAUGACUGGCAUAUUUAGCCACCUCACCAAAAAGAAGAAUAAGCGGAUACUUGACCGACUUCGUGAUGACAUUAGAACAAAGUUCAAAGAGGAGAGAGAGAUCACCUUAGAUGCGAUCCAAAGUACUCCUAUCCAUUAUUUGGAAGCUGUGAUUAACGAGGGCUUGAGAAUGUGCAAUCCAAUUCCUAGUGGACUACCACGUGUAGUCCCUGAAGGUGGGGAUGAUUAUUGCGGGACGUUCCUCUCAGGAGGCACGCGUUUAGCAGUUCGAACAUAUGCGACCAAUCGAUCCAAGAAAAUAUUUGCAGAUCCAGACGAAUUUGUUCCUGAACGGUGGCUGCCGAAAGACCAUCAACCGAUGAAAUAUGCAAACGAUCAACUCUCGGCUAGCAAACCUUCCAGUGUGGGAUUCCACAGCUGUCUUGGAAGGCCUCUUGCCUGGGCAGAUAUCCGUCUCGCAGUCACUAGACUCUUGUGGAUGUUUCAUUUUUCGGUUGAUGGAGAGGACGAAGUAGAUUUUGACGAGUUUCCGGUGAUAAUGAUCAUUCAAAAGCACCUAUGA